GAAAAAUACCAGGGAAAGCAGUGAAAAAGUGGAAGACUAGACGCUUGUUUAUUUAUUUUAUUUAGUUGCAAAACAAGUCUUUAAAUAUGCCCGAAUACAUGCUUUGUAGGAUCUGUUUAACAGAAGAUUUAAGUUCGGACGGAAUGACACCACUUUUCGACGAGCAGAACGUCGAGUGUCCAGAGCUCGUGAGAAAAAUUGAAGAAAUCGGCAGCAUCAAGCUAGCCCCACUUCAGGACAUGGUAAGCAUGCUUUGCUUUAAUUGCGUCGACACCCUUACUAUUGCACAUAAAUUCCGAGAACUGUGCCAGGCCAGCGAGCAAGCCUUUUCCGAUAAUAUUGUCAAGGCGGAGAUGAAAUGCGAGCCUACAGACGAUCCUCCGAGCAUGGAAGAGCAUCACAUUGAAUAUAUAUACGAGGCAGCCAGCGAAUUUAUUGAUGCCGAUGGGGAUAUUGAACUAGACACCAUGCUGGAAGAGCGUUUGGAGGAUGGAAUCGCAGAAGCUGAAGCGACAUAUGGCGACAUGAAUGUGGUGGAGGAGGUCGAUGAUAAUGACCUGCUGUUAGAAAACGCUAGCGAUAGUGACUACGAACCCAGUGAACGUUUCCGAAAGCCCAAGAUUCGUAAAACACGGCUAGCCAAACGUGGUCGUGGCCGACCACGGAACUCCACAGCAGAAAAUGGUCAGGAAAAAGCGCCCGGUGUGUGCAGGUCCAAUGAAGAGCCCACAAAUAUCAUGUGCGAAAUAUGUGGCAACAUCUACUCCAAGAGAGCAGCCCUCAACAUUCACAUGCGCCGUCACCUGGCUGAGAAGCCUUUCGAAUGCGAGAUCUGCAGCAAAACGUUUGCGGGUCCCUCGGAACUAAAUCGCCAUAUAAGAGUGCAUACGGGCGAGAAACCGUUCACGUGUAAAUACUGCUCCCGUUCGUUUGCAGAUCGAAGCUCCAACAUACGGCAUGAAAGAACUCAUACAAAUGAACGGCCCUUUGCCUGCUCAACAUGUGGCAAGUCCUUCUCCUAUUCUAAUGUCCUGAAGAACCACAUGUUAACUCACACGGGGGAGAAGCCUUUCUUGUGUCUGCCGUGUAAUAAAACAUUUUCCCGUAAGCACCAGCUGGAGCAACACAUCGGCACAAUGACCCACCAGCAAACUAUGAGAGCGCAUCAGACAAAUGAGGCGUUACGGGGGACUUCGGAAUUAUACUACAUAAAAAUGCCGUUUACAUGUCGAGGUUGUGGGGGUGACAUUUUUAAUACUACAGCCAAGAAUAUAUUCCACAUGGAGAACGAGCAGAUGCUUUCGAACCUCCAAGCAGUGAGCGGGAUCUCGUUCAUGUAUGAUCCCGACCUGCCAAGCUGCCUAUGCUCGUUUUGUUUGUUCGACUUGAAUCAGGCAGUCGUGUUCCGAAAUCGCGUUCGGGCUCAGGCGGACUUUCUGCUGCAGCAGCAACUUCCCAGCAGGUCCACGACUCCGUCCGAAAUGCCAGUAUGCUACAUACCAGAUAGUGACGAGGAGAAUGAGCAAGCACAAGCCGUUGAUGGUUUGGAUAAUGAACAGGACGUGUCGACGGAUGAUGUUAAUGUUUCCCAUGAUGAAAACGAAGACUUGUUUAAGGGAUUCCCAGAAUCCGAUCAGGAUUCCGACACCCAUUCCCCGGCUCCGAGUAUGCAAGGAGAAGAGCUGGACGAAAACCAGGCACUAUCAAUCCACAUACUAGAUAGUGACGAGGAGAAUGAGCAAGAAGAAAUAACCGCCGCCGACAACAUGGUUACGGAUAUGCUAGAGGAGCUGGAAGCAAAUGGGUCCGACGACCAAACACCUGAUGCGGCACAGGAUGAUGACUCUCUGAUGGCGAGUCUGGAAAAGGGGUUGGCAGGAAGAUCUGAUUUCGACGAAACUGAUGCUGCCGAGACACCGCAAGUUGCUGCGUUGCUGAUUGCGAGUCUGCAGAAGGAUUUAGGAUAUGCUAAUGCUGGCAGUGAUACCGAAAAUAUCAUCGAGACGCCGAAACGCUCUAACAAAAAGCCUAACCCCAAUCUUCCAACUUCUAAGAAUGUUAAUAAGCCCAAUCCUUUGCCCGCUAACAGCGUUGGCAAGCAACGCUGUUUGGCAGAGAAGAAGAUGGCUAAAUGCGGAGUUUGCAGCAGGAUGCUUGGUUCUUCCCAUGCGUUAAAGUGCCAUAUGCGAACACACACGGGCGAGCGACCAUACAUGUGUCAGCACUGUUCUAAACAAUUUGUGACUGGAGGCAAUAAAACCCGUCAUGAAAGAAUUUGCCUCGGCCAAACUACAACGGACCCAACGGACACGGCCAAGACACCAUUACAGUGCCAGCGCUAUUUGCAUUACUAUUCGUCUUUAGCCAACAAAAACCGUAAUGAAAGCAAAACGUUUGCGGGUCCCUCGGAACUAAGUCGCCAUAUACGAGUGCACACGGCCGAGAAACCGUUCACGUGUAAAUACUGCUCCCGUUCGUUUGCAGAUCGAAGCUCCAACAUACGGCAUGAAAGAACUCAUACAAAUGAACGGCCCUUUGCCUGCUCAACAUGUGGCAAGUCCUUCUCCUAUUCUAAUGUCCUGAAGAACCACAUGUUAACUCACACGGAGGAGAUGGCUUUCUUGUGUCUGCCGUGUAAUAAAACCUUUCCCCGUAAGCACCAGCUGGAGCAACAUCUUGCCACAAUAGCCCACCAGCAAGCUGUGAAAGCGCCCAAACCGAUACGAAAUAGGCGAUAUACCACGCGUAUAUGAUGCUGGAGCAAAACAUCGCCGCCGAAGGAAAACCAUCCAGCUGUGAAACCGCACAAUGCUAUACGAAAUACACGUAUCAAAAUCAAAUUAGAUG